AUACAUGUGUAGAGUGUUUAGGAAAUAUUAAUAAAACUUCCGUACCGACAAUCAAGCUUAAUGAUGGUUAUAAGAUACCGGUGCUCGGAUUUGGCACCUGGCAAGCUGAGGGACAGAAAUUGGUCGACGCCAUAAAGGACGGCUUACGACAGGGUUGGAACCAUAUCGACACGUCCUGGUUCUUCCAUAAUGAACGAGAGGUAGGACAGGCUAUGCAGGAGGUGUUUGCCGAAAAAAACCUGACACGAAAAGACAUAUACCUUGUGUACAAAGUUUGGCCAAAAAACUCGAACUACAGGCGCACACAAAAUGCCAUCCGAAAUGCUUUGCUGGCUCUUAACACCACAUACUUGGACUUAGUUAGCAUAAAAUGGCCGCUAAAAGACAAUUCAGACAUCUAUCGGGCACUUGAGUGGGCCCGCGAACAAGGAAUGGCCCGUUCGAUAGGUGUGUCCAACUUUAAACCGGCAGAAAUUGAGACACUUAUGACUAAAGCAGUGAUUAAGCCCAGCGUUAAUCACAUUCGCAUACAUCCCGGUUUCAAUCAGGACGAAACAGUAGACUAUUGUCAAAAACAAGGUAUAGUUGUUGCCGGUUGGUCACCGCUGGGCACCGGAUCAAUGAUUAAAGAUCCCACACUUGUAGCUAUGGGUCAGCGCUAUAAUAAAAGUGCGGCACAAGUAAUGAUUAGAUGGCAACUGCAGAGAGGACUAGUGGUCGUACCUAAAAGUACUAAACUUAAGCGUAUUAUUGAAAAUUUUUCUGUUUUUGACUUCAAACUAAAUGAUAAGGAUAUGGAGAUUAUACACUCAAUGCCGCAAAUAAAUCUCAUUGAUUUUUGGGGUUAAUAAUUGUAUUACACUUUAUUUACAUUGAAUUUUAUAUUUUAGCAUUACUUUGAUUUUUAAUUUUUUUAUUGAUUUAAUCAGUUAGUUAUUGAUGUUUAUGUUUAUUGGA